CCAGGGCCUGCUCUGUUUCCGAUCUGGGCUUUGCUGGCCGGGGCACUGCUUCUCCUGGCUCUCUGCAGGACCUCAGGCUCCAGGAAUUUGGACCGAGUGGUAGAGACAUCGCCGGCAGAGACGGCAGCUGCCAGCUUCCUCCCUGCGCUGUCUUGUGAUUCAAAGCAGACUCUGCUCCACUUUUUAAAAAGGGGAGCACGUUAAUGCUGGAGACCCACAAGAACAGGAUCAAGCAAGGAGACACAACAGUCUGAGGCAAGAGUCCGUGAGAAGAUUCCCUGCCUCCAUGCAGCCGGCCCUGUUCACGCUCUUCCUGCUUCACACCUGGCUCCGUGGAGGACAGGGCGACCUCCGUGAGGACCUGACCUUGCUGAAGACCGAGCUUGCGCUUCGCCUCUACCAGGGUGCAGCGGCCCCUAGAAAUGAAACCAACGUUGUCAUUUCUCCCGCUGGCGUGUCCCUUGCUCUGGAAAUCCUGCAGUUUGGAGCCCAAGGGAACACCGGCCGGCAGCUGGCCGAGGCCCUGGGUUACACCGUCCAUGACCAGAGGGUGAAACAGUUCUUACACACUGUUUACGCCACCCUGCCCAACUCCGGACGAGGCACUAAAAUGGAGCUGGCCUGCACUCUUUUCGUGCAAGCAGGAACGCCCCUCUCCCCCUGCUUUGUGGAACAGAUCUCCCAGUGGGCCAACAGCAGCCUGGAGCCAGCCAACCUCAGGGAACCCAACAGCACCAGCAUCGGGGUCAACGAAUGGGCCUCCAGGCAGAUGGCAGGUGACAACCCGGGUGGCCUGACAUGGGAGCGCGGUGGCGGUGCAUUUCCCCAGCUGGCACUUGUGAGCACCAUGUCCUUCCAGAGCACUUGGCGGCAGAGAUUCUCCUCCAGGGACACUCAGCUCCUGCCUUUCACCUGUGCCCCGGGCCUCGUCCUCCAAGUCCCCAUGAUGUACCAAAUGGCCGAGGUCAACUACGGCCAGUUCCAGGACCCUGCAGGCCAUCAGGUGGGGGUGCUGGAGCUGCCUUACCUGGGAAACACAGUGAGUCUGCUCUUGGUUCUGCCGCGUGACAAAGACACCCCGCUGAGCCACGUUGAGCCACACCUCACAGCCAGCAUCAUCCACAUCUGGACCUCCAGCCUCAGGCGAGCCAGAAUGGACGUGUUCCUGCCCAGAUUCAGGAUCCAAAAUCAUUUCAAUUUAAAAAGCAUUUUAAAUUCUUGGGGAGUCACCGAUCUUUUUGAUCCACUCAAAGCUAACUUGAAAGGAAUUUCAGGCCAAGAUGGCUUUUAUGUUUCUGAAGCGAUCCACAAAGCCAAGAUUGAGGUUUCCGAGGAAGGCAGCAAGGCGUCUACAGCCACCGCUCUGUUGUUACUGAAAAGGUCUCGGAUUCCUUUUUUUAAAGCAGAUCGGCCAUUCUUCUUUUUCCUGAGAGAACCCAACACAGGAUUUGUCUUCAGUAUUGGGAGCGUUUCAAAUCCCCUAGACUAAAUUAAGAGAUCUCAAGCAUGUUCUCCACUGUCAACUAUGCUUUUCUUCAUAAAAAGUUACAAUUGCAUUCUGCUAUACCCCU